UCUAUAGAGGAGGGAUACCGUCUCCCUGUCCCCAUGGGCUGUCCUGUGGUUCUAUAUUACAGGUGAUCCUGUCUAUAGAGGAGGGAUACCGUCUCCCUGUCCCCAUGGGCUGUCCUGUGGUUCUAUAUUACAGGUGAUCCUGUCUAUAGAGGAGGGAUACCGUCUCCCUGUCCCCAUGGGCUGUCCUGUGGUUCUAUAUUACAGGUGAUCCUGUCUAUAGAGGAGGGAUACCGUCUCCCUGUCCCCAUGGGCUGUCCUGUGGUUCUAUAUUACAGGUGAUCCUGUCUAUAGAGGAGGGAUACCGUCUCCCUGUCCCCAUGGGCUGUCCUGUGGUUCUAUAUUACAGGUGAUCCUGUCUAUAGAGGAGGGAUACCGUCUCCCUGUCCCCAUGGGCUGUCCUGUGGUUCUCCACCAGUUGAUGCUCCACUGUUGGCAGAAGGAGAGAGGUCAGAGACCUCACUUCAACAGCGUGGUCUCCUUCCUGGAUAAACUCAUCAGGAACCCCACUAGUCUACUGACACUGGUGGACAACAGUUUUCCAGAAUCACUGGAGGACAUGCCAGACUACCCUCCGUUCAUCUCCAUCGGUGAUUGGCUGGACUCCAUCAAGAUGAGCCAAUACAAGAACCAGUUCCUGGCAGCAGGAUUCACCACCCUGGACUCUGUCUCCACCAUGAGUAUAGA